AUGACUUAUUCUAUAUUAACACGUUCACUGCUGAAAACUGAUGUUUACUGUGCAUAUCUCACGGUAUUAGUUACGUUCGCGAAGGGUCAAAAACAAACGCCGUUCCUUCUUUUGAAGCAUUUCAAGUACAUCAAACAUCGAAGUUCGCAAAAUUCCACGUAUUGGAAAUGCUGGAUGUACGACACGGGUAGAUGUAAAGCCAGAUGCACCACGUACGUGAACAAUUCCAUCAAGAUUUCGGGCGAUCAUAGUCAUAUGUUCAAACCUAUUUGUGAUUUAAAUGUUAUAUGUCAAGAAUUGUAUAAUGUUGUAAAUUAAUUUAUUGUUUAAAAACUACGGUUUUGUUUUAUUUAUAAAAAAGAUGUAACAGUAA